CCUAGAAUCGUGCAUGUCCAGAGGAGCAGGGGUUAGCUUGGGGUUUGGUCGAAGCUGUGGACUUCAGGGAGAGAUAUCUGGGGAACCCUGGGCAGCGGAAAAGCGGGGAUUCCUUUUGGGGGAAAUGUGGUUACCGCUGCCAGCCCUCUGUCUCGUUGGCUUUUCCUCCCAGGCUGCUAACCUCACAGCUGUAGUAGAUGAGAAGGAGCAGAGUCUGCAGGAAAAAGCUGAAGUGAUUCUCCAGAAAGAGCAGGAAAUUUUCCAGCUGAAGAAAGGUCACGACUCUGCCCUGUUGCAGAUGCACCAGCUGCAGAGCGAGCUGGAGGCCCUGCAGAGCCUGAGAGCAGACGAGUCCGAGGCUACCACGAGGCUCAGCGUGCUGAGACUGCCCGGCCCGGAGCAGGGGCUGGCGCACUCGGCCCCCGA